GUGGUGAGCGAGGUCUGGGUACCAAGGGGAGUCUCCGGGUGGCUCGUGGCCGUCACUUCACAUUCCCUUAUUGUUCUUUUGUGCAAAAACAUGAUCAUUUCGCUUGCCGGUGAUAAGCAACCGGACUGGUGCCCCCCAGAAUAGAAGGGGCUGAGUGUGGAAAAAAAAAAAAAAAAAAAAAAAAACAAGAGCCUGCUAGAAAUGGGCUGCUGCUUUACUUGAUAAUAUCAGCCUUGGGCACUGGGCCCUUAAAAAAAAGAAAAAAGAAAAAAAAAGAAAUGGGCUGCUGCUUCAACGAUCCAAUCGACCAAUCGAUCGGGAGGGGAGUUGAAGUUGUUGGAUGCUGACGCUCCUGACUACCGGAAUCAACGGCAAAGGAUGGAGGUAGAGGGAGAAAGGGGGAGAAAGGAGGACAAGGAGGACAAGGAGGAUAUGCAGGUGGUCGCUGGCAUGGAGGCUGCUGGUCCAGAUGGGGUAGGCCAACCUCCCAUCUCACUGAUCUCAGGAAUCGAUCGCCAGACGGAGGGGUUGAAUACUGACCGCAGAUUCUCUGUGUACGCGGAGAAGAGACGAAGAGUCGAGGUAGAGGAGGAGAAGACGAAACGGGAGGAGAAGGAGGAGGAGGAGGAGGAGGGGGCCACAGCAGCAGACACAGAGCCGGGCAAGAAGGGGCAGUGCCAAUCGCCGCCAAUUGCACGGAUGAAGGCGGAGGGCGUCGAGGGUUUAAGUGCGGACUGUGAAGUGGACAAGAAGGGACGCGAUAUUCCACUGGCGAAGAAGGAGCAGGCACAAGGUCAUGGGGUCCUGUUAGAGGGCCAUCCCGCGAAAUCAUUGCAGAUAAGAAGUCGAAUGAGGGUUUAUCAACUGCGAAUCAAAGGGUUUAAGAGCUACAGGGAUGAGGUCAUCGUGGGACCCCUGAAAAACUUCACCGCCAUCGUCGGUCCAAAUGGGUCUGGCAAGAGCGUCUCCGUUACGUUACAGUCUUUGGCACAAGAGGGUGCUGAGUCUGCUGACCGAGGUGGUGAAGAGUGGGUGAUACUCACGAGAACCUUGACUGGGACCGCAAGCCAGUACAAGAUCGUCAUAAGAAAGGGUGGAAUGGAAAGGUUCAUUGUUAUGCAGAAUCAACAAGCAGUGAAGGUGCAAGAGCCUAUCGAACUGGCACAGCAUGUAGAGCUUCUCGUUGGGACAGCCAAUUUCGGAGAGGAGAUCCGUGCAUUGGACUCCCAGAUUACGGAGAAAGAUGGUCAACAAGAACGACUCCAGUCGGAGUUGUCUACCCUCAGAGCAAAAGUGGCACAAUUGUUGCCAGAGGUCCAGAAGUGGGAAGCGUAUGAAACUCAGCGAAAGGCAUUUGUAAGGAAAAAGGCACUGUUCUUACGGAAGCAAGAGACUACUCUUUGUCAGGAGCUUACACGUCUUAAACACAAGCUAGAGGGGACGUCAGAGAAGCUAGCUGCAGUCAAAUGCGAAGAAAAGGCCUUGCGAGCAUCCGUUCAGGAUGCUCUGUCGGCAAAAGAUAAGCUGAAUGGAGCUAUUCAAAGACUUGGCAAGCAGGAGGAAGGCUUAUCUCAGAGAAGGGAAGCCCUGCAAGUGGAUUGUGCUAAAUUGAAGGUACGGAUACUGGAGGCAGAAAAACAGAAUGAGAAGGAGCGCAUGCUCGAGAAAAGGAUGGAGAAGGAGAGGGAGAGGAAGUUGAGGUCACUGGAAAAGAAGGAGAGCGAUCUGGUAAAGGCCAUUUGCGAGCUUGAGAAAUCGUUGGCUGCUGCAAGAGCCUUGCAAUCGAAAUUCCAGAAGGAGCAAGAAGUCAGGAAGUUGGAAAUUCUAACCGUCAGUCAGAAGGAAGGCUGUAAUUGGCAGAGUGCCAAAGGGAAGCAUGGAAUCAGCAACUCCGAGCUGAAAAUGAGGAGAGCAAAAGUACAAAGCAUGGAAGAGGAACUGGCUGGGCUGAUCAUAGAAAUCAGUUCUUUGGAGAUGGAGAUCAAGGCUGAAACAGAGCAGAGGAAAUCGCGCGAAGCGGAGAUUCUGUCAAUCACAAAAGAGGAGCCCUUUGGGUUACCCAACCGGCCAACCAAGCAUCACAUUGAGCUGCUGCCUGGAGCGGUCCCUCCCAAGGGCCGCAUCUACAGGAUGUCCCCUGCUGAGCUUGAGGAGCUCAGACGACAGCUUGAGACCCUGACCAGCAAAGGCCGGAUCAGGCCCAGCACUUCUGAAUUUGGCGCUUCAGUCCUCUUCGUUCCAAAGGGGAGUGGCGAGUUCAGAAUGUGCAUCGACUACAGGGGUCUCAACAAGAUCACUAGGAAGAGUACAGAGCCACUUCCUAGGAUCGAUGACCUUCUGGACAUGGUCCAGGGAUGCACCAUUUUCAGCAAAGUCGACCUCAAGUCUGGUUAUCACCAGAUUGAGAUGGCAGAGGAGGAUGUCCACAAGACAGCCUUCAAAACCAGAUAUGGUACUUAUGAGUAUCUGGUUAUGCCAUUUGGACUUUGCAAUGCACCUGGCACGUUCCAGACAGAGAUGCACCGCAUCUUCAGGCCGUACCUGGAUAAGUUUAUGGUUGUCUACCUGGAUGAUAUCAUGGUAUUCAGCAAAACUACCACGGAACAUGCAGAGCACCUGGCUCUGGUCCUUCAGUCAUUACGUGACAGCCAGUAUAAGAUCAACAAAGAGAAGUCCUCUUUUGGAGUUCCCUCUGUGAUCUACCUGGGUCAUGUAAUCUCUGGAGAUGGUCUGGCCCCUAAAGCCGCCAAAAUUGUUGCUAUUCAGUACUGGCCACAACCCCAGACAGUGAGAGAUGUUCGGUCUUUCUUGGGUCUGGCCUCAUACUACAGAAAGUUCGUCAAUAACUUUUCUGUAGUGGCUGCACCCCUGACUAACCUCACAAAGAAAGACACUCCCUUUCUUUGGUCUCUUCACUGCCAGAUGGCCUUUGCACGACUCAAACAGGCCUUGACUCAUGCACCUGUUCUGAAGCUACCUGACCCCACCUUGCCAUUCGUCCUGACCACUGACGCCAGUCAGUAUGGCAUUGGGGCAGUACUUCAGCAGGAUGAUGGGAAUGGUCUGAGACCUAUUGAGUUUAUGAGUAAGAAGAUCAAGACUCAGAAACUUCAGGACUCUACCUACGAGAAAGAGCUAUAUGCUCUUGUCAGUGCCCUGAAACAUUGGAAGCACUUUCUCCUGGGCAGGCACUUCAAGAUCUUCUCUGAUCAUUCCACUUUGCAGUGGUUGAAGUCCCAGGGAGAGUUGAACGACAAGUUGGCACGCUACAUUCAGUUCAUCGACCUGUUUGACUUUGAACUGAAACACAAGAAGGCCUGCUACAAUAAGGUAGUUGAUGCCCUCUCUCGUAGGCCUGAUUCUUUUGCGCUGAUCUUCUCUACUCACUCCUUUGGAGAGGAGGUCCGUCAGACCAUUACUCGCUUACUGCCUCAGGAUCCGACUUAUGGACCCAUCAUCAGGAAUCUGCAAGCAGAUCCCAAUUCUGAACCUGGCUAUGCUAUGAGUUCAGAUCUGUUGUACACUUACAGCAGAGGAGAGGAGCGCUUAUGUAUUCCUGAGGGUCAGCAGCUGAGGACACUGCUGAUGUCAGAGUGCCACGAUGCACGUGGACACUUUGGGUUCUUAAAGUCGUAUGCAGCCCUGUCGCAACGCUUCUUCUGGAAGGAGAUGCGGAGUGAUAUGUUGCGCUAUGUGGAAACCUGUGAGCUAUGUCAGAGGAAUAAGGUUCAGCGGAAACCUCCUCUGGGACUGCUCAAACCCUUGCCCAUACCUGAUGGUCCUUCACAGUCUGUAUCCAUUGAUUUCACGGACUUAGGCAAGACCACUUCUCGUGGCAUGCGUCAGGUUAUGGUCUGCGUUGACAGGUUUUCCAAAUAUGCAGAGUUCAUCCCCUUGCCAGAGGUAGCGAGGGUCCCGGCUGUGAGAGCAGCCUUCUCUGAGAGGUGGGUCACGCACCAUGGACCGCCCACUUCUAUUGUCAGCGAUCGAGAUCCCCAAUUUUGCAGCGAUGAGUGGCAGUCCUACUGUAAGGACUACUUACACUUUCGACUAGAUAUGACUUCUGGUUGUCAUCCUGAAGCCAAUGGUCAGGCUCAAGUGAUGAACCAGAUCUUAUUCCAAUUGCUGCGUCCUGUUAUCUCACCAGAUCAACAGGACUGGGACCUCCAUCUCGCUCGUGAACAGCUCAUGUAUAAUAUGUUUGUCCACUCCUCGACUGGAUUCAGUCCCUAUCGACUACAUUGGGGACGAGAGCCACGUCGGCCUCUCGAUGAUAUCAUCGACAAGGCUAAGCCAGACUUGACCCCAGGCACCGCAGAGUUCACCAGACGCUAUCGUCUGGAUGUGGAAAGAGCUCGAGCGAACUUGUUCAAAGCCCAAAAGGCAAUGAUUGAACAAGCUAAUCGCCAUCGCAGGCCUUCCCCCAUUCGUACAGGUGACUAUGUCUGGGUAGCCAGUUCAGAGUUGUCGAGGGAGGAGGAUAUCUCUCCCAAGCUGCUGCCCAAGUAUUUGGGUCCAUGGCAGGUGGUGAAACUGCAGCAAGAGCUGGAUUGCCAGGCCUCUCGCUGUCAAGCUCAGGAUGCAGAGGAAGCAGCACUAUGGGAGAAAAUAGGUGUUCUUUCGAGAGAUAUUGAUGAGAAUAAGAUGAAAACAUGGCACAAAUUGAAACACGAGCUGACCGUUCUGCAGGUCUGUGGUCAAGAGCUUCAUGCCAAGAAGCAGGACAUGCUAUCCUGUUCGGCCAAAACUAACAGCUACGACGCAGAAGUGGCGAGGCUAAGGCCGAAGCAUCCCGGAAGGUUUCAUGGACGGCUGUGCGACAUUGCGUUCGUGGAUUACAAGAUGAGAACAGCUGUCAAUUCUGUAUUGAUGGCAUCCUUAAAUCUUGCAACAUGCUUCGUUGUGGAGGACCGAGAUAUGGCCAAUGAAGUCAUAAACGCUUUCCAAGAGAAGCGGAUUGGGGUAGUGGCAUGCGAUAUUCUUUCUGAGAUGGGGCAAGCUCCAGCAGUGGAGUCGAGCGCCUCGGACCCAUCGUCGAAAGUGGACUUGAGGUUUCCAGUUCCACUCAUGUCUUUCGUCGAGUGUGAACGAAGAUACCUUCCAGUUCUCAACAAGUACUGUAAGCACUGGUUCGUCGUGGCGGAUAGAGACGUAGCAGUUCAGCUGCAAAAACCGUCUGGUCAUCCUGAUGGCAGUAAUGGAUUUUCACGGAAGAAUCUGGUCACUCCCCUUGGGGAGCUCUUCAAACAGGAUGGUGAAAUUGUCCGUGGAAAAUCGACUGGCUCUACGCUUGAGAAAACUGUUUGCAAGUACUGGCUCCAGAGUCUUGACGGUCGACAACAUGCAGACCAAGUGAAUCUGUCGCACCCACACCUGAAAGACGGCAGUGGACUUCGUCUGCCAGGAAUUGGUGAUCUCAACAGUGGCGUCAGAAAAUUGCAGGCCAAGUCUGGGGAUCCAGACUGUUCUGCUGUGUUGGAGCAAGAGAUCAAUUGGAAUAAACAGAGACAAAAAGAACUGGAAGUGCGUAUUCAGCAUACGAAAGAUGAGGUGGAAAACAUGGAGGCAGAGAAGGUCAGAUUCCUGAAGACACUGAAGAGGUUGGCUGGCUUUGAUCCAUUGCCGUUAAUAAAGAGGAAGGAAUUCUCUGGCAGGGUUUCUCUCCAAAAAACAGAAAGGUGGAGAAAAUUCCAUGACCUAGAACGGAAGCUGAAGGAGAAGCAAAAACACUUGGAAUCCCUCAAACAACAGGAAGUUUGCCGAAGUGAUGGGCACCAACAUACAGAGUGUUCAUCAAGGGAGCCUUCUUUUUCAGAAGGCAAACUUCUCUGCCAAAUGAACAAGAAAAGAGCAACGAUCGAGCAGGAGAUUGAGAGAGAGAGGCAGGAGAUCGAGGAUCCUGAGGAACUGAGAGCGGAGAAAGAAGUCAUGAUGGCAGGUGCUGAGGUAAGGAGGUUGGAGAGAGAGUUGAGGGAGAAAAUGGCUGAGCUUGCAAGGCUGGAAAAACACAAGACCACUGCACAGGGGAUUGCAACAGGAUCUCACAGGCAGGGGGAAAACUCAAGCAGGCGAGGAGGAGGAAGAGGAAGAGGCAGAGGAGGGGGGGAAGGAGGAGGAGGAGGAGAAGCAGACAGGGACAGGGACAUAGAGGCAAAGAGACUCCAACUGAUCAAGCUCGAGGACAAUCUGAAAGAGAUUGAAGAAAUCAAGCGGAAUAACUCAGAAGAACUGGAGAAGAUGAACAACAAACUUGAGGAUGCAAGGCAGCAGUUUCAGUCCAUAACCCAGAGAAUAGACGAAACAAACAUACUGAAGGAGCGGUUGACUGUGGAGGUCAAAGCUCUUGCUGCACGCCUCACCGAAACAAAGAGGAAAUACGAAAGGGUUUCUUUGGCUAUGGCGGCAGAAGAGGAGACUAUUGAUAACGAUGAGCACCCAAUCAAGCGAGUCAGGAGCACACCGAAACCGGGAAGCAAAGGCAAGGUUGGUGUUCUGAUGGGAGAUGAAGAUGCCAAUAUGAUGCAGAGUGAGGACUGCUGUGAAGAAGAAGAUGACGCGCUCCUGCUUGCUGAUGAGGAGAAUGAGCUAAUGGAGAAGAAAAGGUCGAUAGACGUUAAUGCCCUUGAGGCCGAUGUGCAGUGUAAGCGGAGGAUCAUGGUUGUGGUCGAUGAAAUGUCAAAUCUCAGCCGGAAACUGAGGCAAAUGAUGGUGAAGAAAGACGAGCUUGAAACUCUCCGCUUCAGGAUGUUCACAGAGGCCAUUGGAAAGGGGCCAUGCUAAUCUUCCUUCUCUGUAUCGUUCUAAUGUUAACGGAUGUCCCAAAGGACAAACUAGAGUGGUUCUAAGAUGUAACACAUGCAGUAUAUGCCAUAAGCCUAACCUCGGUUUGUUUUCUUUGGGCCCUUUUGGACUUUUUAUUGGUUUUAACGGUUUUUUAAUGUUUUUUUCCCCCUCUUCGUGUUUGAAAGUGCUUGGAAAAAAACUUCCAGUACUGGUCAGACACUGGAUUUGAUAGCUAUCGUUCCUCUCUAAGUACCGUUCAUUUGAAUC